ACCGCAACAAACAACUCCUUCUUGUCGCAACUAACAUUAGAGGGAGCAGACAUAUCCAUGAAAGGUACUUUUACCACUCAUAAUACCUUAACAUCAACAAAUCGCCCAACCUUCAAUCAUCGAAGGGACAAAUCCCAAAAUAAGCGGCCUGCCCAACAGCUUGGAGUAUCUGCGAGGACAACCAGCCCUUCAGAGCUUCCAGCCCAGACAAUAUUUGCGACUACCGAUUCUACGAACAGCAUAUCACUUAGCGACUUCGGUGACUCGAGCUCCCUCUUCUCUUACAAUACCACCGCGUCCUUCGACUUAGGUGGUACAACCAGACCUACAAAUACACAAUCCCCGAUACCGUUUGUCUUUGGUGUUUCCGCGGACAAAGCUUCACGAGAAUCUCGUAUCAAAUCCAACAAGAUGGUAAACGAAAGAUCGCCCGCAAAGGCACCUCUACGGCCUGUUGCCCCCAACGAGCAGCCCCAGAGUCAAUCAGAUGGCUCGUCCAAACCUUUGCCACAGCCAGAUUUAUUUUCGUCCAGGCCGCCCCCUUCUAGUGUGCCGCAGUUUGGUCAACCAACUAUACCUCACUCGCCGCUCAACCGAGGCCCUUCGAAGCAGUCUUCUAUGUUCAUUCAGCCAACAACCCGACCAGAACUCCAUAGAGAUGCAGAUCGUCCAGCUCAUCCCAAUCUUCAAGCUAUGAAGGAUGCUACCCGCAAGAUCAUGCAGCCAUUGAUGCCCAGAGCACCCGCCGAGUACAACCAACCCGUCAGAGCUCCUGUCCCCCAAGCUACUUCAUAUACAACUACUGCAGCUGCACCUGCUCAAAUGUAUGGUUCGAUGGGAAGCACAUAUGGCGGAUUCAAUACUGUCAAUAGCGGGCCCACUUAUAAAGGUUACAACUACGUUGAUCUCACUAUGAACGGUUACCGGGAUCCAGUACCAGAUCCUUAUACCUUUGUGGACCCUAAGAAGGCAGAAGAGGACUUGAAGGCUCUAUUGGAAGGAGUCAUUGAAGACGAUGAAGAUGUUCCCAGGACCAGACUUCGCAAGAAGAAGAAGCAAAUCGAAGCUGAUGAUUUGGCCAAGAAGUUUAAGAAGUUCAACGUCGACGAUGAUGGAGAAGAAGAAGAAGAAGAGGGGAAGCUAGCUGUUGCCUCUGAAGAUGAGGAAGAGGAAGAAGAUGACGGAAGUGUUGAAGGUGUCAAAGUCAAGCUGCUGCCGCAUCAGAUUGAAGGAUUAGAGUGGAUGCGAGGUAGAGAGCUUGGAACUGGCAAGAAAGGAGCACGAGUCCCAAAAGGAGGAAUUCUUGCAGACGACAUGGGACUUGGCAAGACCCUGCAGUCCGUCUCCCUGAUCUUAACCAACCCCAAACCAACAGACGAAGCUCUUAUCGCUAAGCGAAAGCUUCCUUCUGGCGUGGAAAAGACAACUCUGGUUGUCGCUCCAUUGGCUCUCAUCCGACAGUGGGAGUUGGAGAUCAAGGACAAAGUCCUGAGCUCCCACUCUCUUCGAGUUUGUGUCCAUCAUGGGCCCUCACGCACAAAGCGCUUCCAGGACCUCAAGAAAUAUGACGUUGUGGUUACUACCUAUCAAAUCUUGGUCUCUGAAUGGGGUAAUUCUUCGACUGACGAUGAUGGCCUCAAAGUUGGUUGUUUCGGUCUUCACUGGUAUCGUGUCAUCCUUGACGAGGCUCAUACUAUCAAGAAUCGCAAUGCCAAAGCUUCAUUGGCAUGCUGUGCCUUACGAACUCAAUAUCGGUGGUGUCUGACAGGUACACCCAUGCAGAACAACCUCGAUGAACUACAAAGUCUUAUCAAAUUCUUGCGCAUCAGCCCUUACAACGAUCUCAAGGAAUGGAAAGACGCGAUUGAUCGUCCCAUGAAAAAUGGCAGAGGCGACAUCGCUAUCCAGCGCCUACGAGCCGUCUUGAAAAUCUUCAUGAAACGUAGGACCAAAGACAUUUUGAAAAAGGAAGGUGCCUUGAACCCUGGUGGCAAACCAUCCGCACCUGGUGAAGGAAACAUGACUGGAUUCAAGAUUACCGAGCGCAGGAUUGAAAAGGUUUUCGCAGAGUUUUCGCCCGAAGAAAGUGACUUCUACGCUCGUUUGGAGGCACGUACCGAUGCAAGCAUCGAGCAGAUGAUGAGUGGUAAAGUCAAUUAUGCAAGCGCGUUGGUCAUGUUGCUACGACUUCGACAGGCUUGUAAUCACCCGAAACUCGUUGGUGGGAAACUUGCAAAAGACAGUGAGGCUCUUGCAGUCGAAUCCACCGCAACGCAGAAGGCUUCUAAAGCUUCCAAUAACGAUAUCGAUGACAUGGCAGACAUGUUCGGGGCUAUGGGCAUGGCAUCCAAGAAAUGCGAGGUUUGUCAGCUUGAACUUGGUGAUGAAGUCAUUGCCCAAGGCGGUAUUCGUUGCUUGGACUGCGAGGCAGACCUUGACAGAGUCACAAAUCCGAAAAAGGUCCGUAAAGAGAAGAAGAAGCGGAAGCAUGAAAAGAAGCCGAAGAUGCAGAUUCAACGCAAGCUUAGAAACCGUGCCAUCAUCGAAGAUAGUGAUGAUGAGGGCGAAGAACAAGAAGGGUCUUGGGUUGUGCCUGAAGGUCAGAGAGGAGCAUUAACGUUGGGAAAAGCUGGCGGUAUUGAUGAUGAGAAUGCUGAGGGUGGUGGAGAAUGGCUCAACUCAGAUGAUGACGAUACGCUUCCUACCCUCGACAAUCUCCGACAACACAAAUCGAAGACCAGCGGGAAGAAAGUCAUUGCCCUAGAUUCCGACUCAGAGGAUGCAGAAUCAGCUUCCGAAGACGAUAGUAACACUGGAAGUGAAGACGAGGACUCAGCUGUGGAAGACGAAUUUGAGUCUUCAUCUGAAGAAUCAAAGCUAGCCACUAUGGUCUCAUCUACAAAGAUUAGGCACCUGAUGGAGAUCUUGGACAAAGAAGCUGCUCAACAUAAGUUUAUCGUCUUCUCCCAAUUUACAUCUAUGUUGGAUCUUGUCGAACCUUUCCUUCGUCAGAAAGGUUUUAAGUACACUAGAUACGAUGGAAAGAUGAAGAACGACCUUCGAGAAGCCAGCUUGAAUAAGCUUCGUAACGAUGCCAACUGCAGAGUACUACUUUGUAGUCUGAAAUGCGGAUCAUUGGGAUUGAAUCUGACCGCAGCUACUCGUGUAGUCAUUCUCGAACCAUUCUGGAAUCCUUUCGUCGAGGAACAGGCUAUUGACAGAGUUCAUCGUCUUACCCAGAAGAUCGAUGUCAUCGUUUACAAGAUCACUAUCAAAAACUCUGUUGAAGAGCGCAUUCUCGAUCUCCAAGAAAAGAAGCGUGAAUUAGCCAACCAGACUAUUGAAGGCGGCAAGGGUGGUGCUGGCAAGCUCGGUAUGAAGGAGAUCUUGCAACUCUUCCGUCGAGAUGCUGAGCACGCACCUCCAAAUCCUGGCAAUGAGAAGUAUGAUUUGGGCAAGAAGCCUAGGAUCUUGAAGGAGGUCUCUACCAGCAGUGGGGCAAGCAGCAGAGAGGGUAGUGAGAGGCGGAUCACUCCACCAAUGAUGAGACCCUCUAGCUCAAUUGCAAAGGAGAAUCCUGUCUAUGGCAGGCGUUGGUAAUUUCGCUGAGGGGCAAAGAUAUUAGAUGCAUGUAGAUUUACUGGUGCAAAAGGGGAUUUGCUUUCCUGGAUUAUGGAGUUCGGAUUGUAUGAUAGACCACGGCAGGAACGAAAUUAUGUCUGUUAUAUCAAGAUUAAUGCAAUGAAUUAGAG